AAUACAUGGUAAACUAAGAUGAGAUAUUCCUAAGUCACAAAAAUAGGAAUUUGAUAUGAAAUGUCAUGGCAAUAAUUCUUCAGCCUGUACCCUUAUUUAUUUCCUUUUCCCUCUCACUCUCUGCAGUUCUAGCAGCACAUCUAGGGCAACCAUUCAUGUAGGCUACACAUGUAUGCCUAACAUCAAAGUGGACAUCUAUAUUCUGUAUCACAUCAGUAAUCACUUUGUCAUUUUAUUCAGGUUGCACUCGAAAUUAGAAGAGAUUGUGGACCUUCUAUGUCACUUGAUGUGGCAGAGAUAAUAUGCUCCAUGCCAUCCUUGAGGGAUAUUUCUCUUCAUCGUGGUGUACUAUACCAUGAUUGUUUUUUUGCAACACUUGCUAGGAAAGGAAAUGAAUCAAAGGUCCAGACUUUCUGGCUUGAAUAUCUCAAGUGUUCCACGCCAGCCUCAUCACAUCACCUAGCAGUUGCACUGUGUACUAUGCCAAACCUGACUGACUUGACACUUGGAGGGAAUCUCACUGAGGAGUUCUACUCUACAUUGAAAGUAAAGGCAUCAUCCAUACAGGUCCAGACCCUCAAGCUUGAUAAUCUUGAGUGUCCCACACCAGCCUCAUCACAUCACCGAGCAGAAGCACUGUGUACUAUGCCAAAUCUGACUGACCUGACACUCAUUGGAGGAUAUCUCACUGAGGAGUUCUGCUCUACAUUGAAUGCAAAGGCAUCAUCCAUACAGGUCAAGACUCUCUGGCUUGAUGAUGUCGAGUGUCCCACGCCAGCCUCAUCACACUACCUAGCAGAAGCAUUGUAUUCUAUGCCAAACCUGACUCACCUGCUACUCUAUAGACUGGAUCUCACUGAGGAGUUCUGCUCUACAUUGAAAGCAAAGGCAUCAUCCAUACAGGGUUGUUUUCCUCAGAUCAGGAAGGGAAACUUCAGGUUGAAUGGAGUUGCUCAAGAUGACUUGAACUCAUUUCUUCACACCCUCACAUUUUAUGAGAGCUCGGACUUGGACUGCUCAAGUGACUUGGAUGGCUCUGCCAACUCAAAUGUCUCAGAAAACUUGGCUGACCCUCUACAGCAACCCAUGGGUGAUGUACACUCUCCAGGAUGGACACUACCCUCAUCAGACCACCGUCAACAGCAUGUUAGCAAUACAUCAGAUACUGUAUGUCAAUUUUCUCAGACACACAGAGAAUGCAGUAGCAGUCAGAGCAGGCCUUGCAAGAGGCAAGCUCCUUGUACUCAGUCAAGAGCUCCACAGGAUGUUCAUGAAAUUCCAGAGAAGCAAUCAAAGAAGUCUAGUUGCCAUGGUACUGUAGAAUAAGACAGUAUUCUUUUAACACUUCAUCUUGACUUUGUGUAUGUAUCUUAUAGGGCUCCACACUAGUUUUUUUUUGGAAAGGAGAUCCAGAUUUAACUUUCUACAGUCUGUAUACAUAAGCGCUAAGUAAAAAAUUCCAAAUACGGGGGUGUCCGGACAUGGAUUUUGGGCGUCCAUGUGUCCCAGCUAGCCUGUUAGCUUUGAGCCCUGGAGUGAUAGCAAGAAAUUCGGGUUAAAAAGGGUUAACUUUCAGCAAUGUUUCCAAAUGUUUGAUAUUUGUAAAAAAAAUGCUGUUUUCUUCUUUUUCACAUUGAUGAGUACAGUCCACUAUGUGGAGUAAGUGUAUCAUUUUUACGAGAAAGAGAACAUAAUAUAUUGUCACAAUGUUAAAAAACAUGUGAAUGGCCUAUGUAGAAAGUGAUCCAAUAAUAGAAUACGUUUAGAGAAUGUGUACUCAAUAAGCCCAAAACAGAGUAGUAUCAAGAGCCCAUUGUGUACCUAGUUAAUGCAAAUAGGGGUUAUGUUGUGUGGUAAAUGUUUUUUGAAAUACUCUCAAUAGUGGGUCAUUUGUAUGCCUUCGCAACGAAGUAGCCGGAGGCAUUAUUUUUUGGGGUUGUCCGUCCAUCUGUAUGUCCCGUUCUCGUGGUUGCGUUAUCUCAAGAACCAAUUGAUGUAUUCCGCCAAACUUGGGUAAUGUAUGUAUCUUGCAGAGCCAAUGAACUGAUUAUAUUAUGGGGUCACAAGGUCAAAGGUCACAGGGCUCAUUAUGUUUGCAAAAAUAGCUUAUGAUCACAUUCUCAAUGGAGGGAUUAUCAUCAAACUCAGGACAUGUAUGUAUCUUGCAGAGCCAAUGAAUUGAUUAGAUUUGGGGGUCAUGAGGUCAAAGGUAACAAUUUAUAGGGCUCAUUAUCUAUGCAACAAUAGAUUGUGAUCGCAUUAUCAUUAGAAUAAAUAGACAUUUAAAAAACUCCUCUCAAGAACCGAUUGAUGGAUUCC